UCAGUGCAGCACACGUGCCAGCGACUCUACAUCAGUAAAAGGGACUUUGAAAUGGGUUUGGAAUUAGGUCUCCUCUACGUUAUUUUCAUCAAGGAUGUCCUAUGUUCUAUGGAUCCAGAUGUGGUGGUACUACGGGCGGUGAGGGGACGAGAUGCGAGGCUUCCUUGUGGUCAAGGAAAGGUGUUCCUUGACGGCCCGGAUUCAUAUGUCCUGUGGCUGAAAAACGACAGGGAUUUUCUGUACAGAUUUCCCAACGAAGAAUCCGAGAGAAGAAUAUUAAAUCGCGACCGUAUAUUCGGCACGUCGUGUGACUCGAAUGCGUGCUACGAUGACACGUCAUUGCUUCUGAAGCGUGUAAGUGAAGAUGAUAGUGGAAUCUACAGGUGUAGAGUUCACUACCAGGCGUCACCUUCACUAGACUACGUCAUUGAUGUUAGGUUGGUCGACUCUCCUGGCAUUCCUCGCAUUUACAAUGAGGCUCGUGAAGAAAUCAAACGAGGUUAUGUAGGACCACUAAGUCUUACCUCCGACUUAACCCUAAUUUGUGAAGUGGACGACGACCAACCGGAUACCCUUGUGUAUUGGCGACGAAACGGUGUUGUUAUAGAAAGAGCACAUACUGUACGUCCGGGAGUCCUAAGAGCUGACGUUCGAGUUCGAAAUGCUACCAGAGAUGAGCUCGAUGCUCAUUACGAAUGCUUAGCACAAAACGCUGAUGUCACUGACCCAUUGAGUGCCAGUGUCGUUGUUAAAAUGUACUUACCGCCGAUUAAAGUCGAAAUUCGUUUGAACAAUAAUUACGAUUUCGAAGCUGGUCAGCCACGUGUCGUCGACUGUGUUGUUGUCGGCUGCGUUCCACCACCCUCUAUUACCUGGCAUCUUGGUGACACAUUACUAAGACCUACAGUGCACAAAGAGUUACAUGAUGGGAAUUACACGGUAUCAUCUUUAACACUGGCGCCAUCGCUUCGUGACAGCAAACACGAGCUGGUGUGUCGAGCACAUAACUCACACAUUCCCACUGGAAUAUUUGAGGACAAAGUCACUCUUAACGUUGGUUAUCGUCCACUGUGUAUUACAAGCCGAGAAGAGACAAUAGGUGUUGUGGACAAUGAAGCGGAAACUGUAACUUGUGUUGUCGAGGCAGCUCCGGAUCCUCUACAGUUCAGUUGGACUUUUGCUGAUUCCAGAACUCUCUAUACCAGCGUGAAGAAAGUUCAAGGACAUCAUCACAGAUUCUCUUCGACUUUGACGUGGCUUCCGCGGGAUGGAGACAUUGGGCUUCUUCUAUGUAGAGCGACGAAUGCCUUCGGAGAACAGAAGCGGCCAUGUUCGUAUACAGUGACAUCAGGGGGCCCACCUAGAGCUCCAGACUGUGUUGUUCUGCGCUCGUAUCCAAAUGCAAUACGAGUACAGUGCCAGAAAGGUUGGGAUGGCGGCAGGCCUCAGAUAAUCUUCUUGGAACUGCUCAAUGCUAAUGGUGUCGUCAUACACAACACCUCAAACGCAGCCGGUCACUUCCACCUCCCGAAUAUUGAGGAUGAUGGAAACUUAUCAGCAGUAGUAUACGCCAGUAGUUCUCGAGGACGCAGUGAAGCAAAAACUUUACAUCUGCAAACAAUUACACCAUUAGCCGCUUCGGCGGUAACUGAACAUACCCCUACAAGAAAUUGGAUGCCAUGGAUAGAAGUCUCUGCAGGUUUGGCCGUCGUGGCUGUCGCCAUAGCUGCUACAGUGCUGUGUGUGAAGGUUUUGAAAACUAAAAGUGAUAAUUUGGAGCAUAACCCUGACUUAGUACCGCGAUCUGAUGGCACAUUCCAUCGGGAGCCUGAUUUCACCCGUGAGGAACGCUUGCUAGGUACAACCAAUAUAACAGUGAAUCAGCUGGGAUCUUGUCAAAAUCAAUAUACAGCAACUCCUGUUCCAUCGUGUCGUGUCUUGGUAGGCUGCGCUCAUCCACCACAGCAAGAAACCUGUGCAACUUCAUAUUUUGUGUAAUAUUUAGACUUCACUUGAAUUCGUGUAAAAUAAGAUGAAUAUUAAAAAGAAAAACUGAGAAAUUUCAUUGGAUAGCUUGUAAGCAUAAGAUGCAGUCUAGAUUGAUACCAAAGCGCUUUGUGUCGCUAAGUAAUUAUUGAUACUACUUUUUUGAAUUCGGUUUUCAUUUAUUAACUCAAGGUGACGACUGCAAUCGACAUGCCGACUAAAACUUUGGCGGCCUUACUAAUAAAGUAUUUAUAAAGUUAUACCUAAGAAUAAAUAAACAAAAUAUUGAUAUACAAUAAUAAUUCUGAAGGUUUCCGAAUGAAGCCUUGCAAAUAAACGCAGGAAAACUUGUACGUCUGAACUUUGUGUAACCAUUUUGCAUAUUCUUUGUUUAUUUUCAGCACUGAUCUCUACUAUAUACCACUGGACUGGCGGCUGUCAAAGUGCUUUUGUGCCUGUUUGAUAUUCGCCAUUUUGGCGCUUUUGGCCAUGUAGCGAGAGUCUGCGGUACUAAAACUAGUGAUAACUUAGUGCACAACAUAGAUGGUGGGAAACUAUUAACAAAAAAAAAUGUGUACUUUAUUACGUUUAUUCUUGAAGUAUAAAUAGCACGGAAAAUGAUCGAAAUUAAUUCAAAAUGUAGAAAUACUUCAGAGUAUUGUACGUUCCUUCGCAGCUAUUUGUAUUAUACGUCGAAAUUAGUUCUCUGGACGCUCGCGAGUGGAGCUUCAAAUAGGCACAAAAAAUUUGCUGUCAAACAUAUGGAAUAGCCUCUCCAGUGCUAUUUAUACAGAUCAAUGAUUUUCAGGUAUAACUCUAUACCAAGUUUGUGUGUGAGUCCGUCAGUGUCCAAGUUAUAGGCCGGCCAACAGUGUAAGUGAUUACCAUAGGGUUAGAACAUUGUGUUCUUGUCAAUUUCUUAUCAAAUAUUUGUACGUAAUAGUUGAUUAAUUCAAUUGAUCAAUGAAUAUUAGAUAUUCAUUAAAUUAUAUUAAAAUUCUACUGACAUAAUAGCAUUCCAUUAGUAAAAUAGGUACUUACUUGUAAUUUUUUGUAUAUAAAUUUCUGACUCUAUAAUCUACUACCAUCACACAGAAUAAAACUCCUCAGUGUUACCUAGCCUAAUUAUUAAUGCCUAACACCCAAAUAUUUAGUAACCUAUACAAAUUUAUUUAUGUAAAAUGAUAGUAAAGUCAAAUCUACUAAUAAUUCUGUAUGGCCCUCAAGGGUUAGAGUACUCAAAUUAUUGAGUUUUAUGACUAAGUGUAGAUUGUAUGAGUAGCUCAUACAGCUGUAUUCCAAAUCAUUUUUGAGUAUAACAUUCACUUGUUUUAGAACUAUUGUAAUAUACUUAUUUUAUAUUCUAGUUAAGUACAAAUUUAAAUAUACACGUAUUAUCAACAA